AGGCACAUCGAACGCCGUUCACGUCGCGCGAUCGUCCUCGUGUGACGUUCAAAAGUCCGUUUCUCAACGUGAUAAGUUCGCCACUGACAUUUUCGGUAAAGGAUGCCGCGGUUGGAUCGUGACCCGGAUCGCGACACGCACGCCUGAUCGUCAGCCAGGAAAAGUGAGAAGCACAGUGAUCGAGGACUCGAGAGUGGAUCGUCUGAUAUGACAGUGCAGUGACUUGCUGGUUGUUGUUGUUUUACGUUGCGCCUGUUGUUUAGCAGCGAUUCGCUGACCACCUUUAGCGGGAACCAGCGGAGACGGAAGUCUCAACCACGGCAGCAAAAUUGAGCUGGACUUGCACCAACGAGCCGCCGGCCACUUCAUGAGAGCCGGCGGCAACAUGUGCGACGGCUCCUUCACGGAGACCCUGCGAGGUAUGCAGGGUAUGUCGGGUACGUCGCCUCCCGGUGGUGCGGGGGUCGGUCCCAUGGGGGUUGGCCUCGGCAGCCCCCUUGGCCCGACCACGAAGAAGGCGCAGGUGGAGCACAUCAAGAGGCCGAUGAACGCGUUCAUGGUCUGGUCCCGGUUGCAACGGCGGAAAAUCGCGCAGGAGAACCCCAAAAUGCACAACAGCGAAAUCUCAAAGAGGCUUGGCGCUGAAUGGAAACUCCUAACGGAGGACGAGAAACGGCCAUUUAUCGAUCAGGCGAAGAGGUUACGAGCACAGCACAUGAAGGAGCACCCCGAUUACAAGUACAGACCUAGAAGAAAGCCGAAAACCUUGCGGAAGGAGGGCUACCCUUACAGCAUUCCGUAUCCCAGUGUGCCCAUGGAUGCCCUUCGAGCUGGAAUGGCCGGCGGAAUGGGACAAGCAGGAAUGGGCUCGUAUUAUGGUCCCGCGGCUGCUUAUGGUUCGCUUUCCGCAGCCAGUAUGGCCGCAGCAGCGGCUGCGGCUGCACAGCAAUCCGCAGCGGCGAUGUCCGCAGGCCUCGCUGCACCUGCUCAGGUGGUAAGCUCGAUGGACGCCAUGAAAUACUCGAUGGAAGCGGACAAGUAUCGCGCGGCGUACAUGCCACCUAGCACACUAGCGAUGAGUAUGUAUUCCGACCCGAAGUACCUGGACUCGAACCCGAAGUCGUAUCUGGAUCGCAGCUACCUAGACUCGGCGAAGGCGUACUUCGAACAGUCGAAGUUGUACAUGGACCAGAAGCCGGCGAUAUCCGACUAUAAUAGACCUAGCUACGAGCACAAACUCUACGACGAGUCCAGCCCAGGGAGCGUGGUGGGCGGUGGUGGACCCACGAGGUCGCCAGCCGCGGAGUCACCAGAUAUGAGCAAACAGCACGAACGAACCGAGCAAGGUUCCUCCAGCGCCAGUUCAACCUCCACUUCGUCGGCUGCUAGUCCUGGAGCCAGUUUACCAGCGUAUUAUCCUGGUCCAGUGCAAACGAGCGGUCUUCUAGGACCCCAGAUGAGUCAGUACAGCGGAUACCAAACUGCUCCUCCACCUGGAAACGAAUCCUUCAGGCGACCGCUCACUGUCAUCUUCUGACCCGAUAGAACGUAGCUCUGAUCCAUCUUUGAGCAACAGUUGUCCUGAACUUAGCCCGAGAGUAGUUCUAAAGACGUUUGAUGGUGGAACGGAUGUUGGUGUUGUUGAGAUGCAGAAGGUUCAGUGAAAGCUUCGCAAUUUUUCAGAAGAGAAUUUGGUGGAUGAAGACAGGAAGGAAACUUGUUGAAACUUUUAUGGAUGUCUUUUCUGAUCUUCUGGACAAUUUCAUCCAAAAUACGAAGCCAUGGUCCAACAUAUUUUCAAUCAUUUUUUAAAUCAAUGAACUCAAGAACUUUAAAUGAACUACACAGAUUACUAGCAUCAUUCUUUGAUCAGAGUCUUUGAAGUCACAAUUUCCAAAGUAAAUGAAUUUAAGAUCCACCAGCGUAAAGUCCCAGAACCACGAGAACCAGAUCUCUCGACGUACACCACGAAGCAACCACGAAGAGACCAAACCAUCCCGAAGGAACAUGUCCACCUGAGGAUGUGGACGAGGCCAGCAACGCUGGUGCAGGUCGUUGAAAGCGACAACGAACGUCGAUACUCUCCGCGUUCUAACCAUCCGCGAAUCGCGUCGAGCUGAUCGACGCGGCGAUUAUUUAUCAAACAUAGUUUCCCGUCGCUCCAGACGGCAUAACGAAGAACUGUACAUAGUCCCUGUGUAAAUAGUGUAGCAAGGAUUAUUAUCACCGUACGACGCGACGCUCGAAAACGGUUUUCCUUCGUCCUUCUUCCCGACCCUCCACCUCAUCCUGGAUCCACGAAACCGUGUUCAAGGAGGAGCACGAUGUUCCGGCACCUUCCCUUCCUUCGCGGUGCUGCUUCGACCACAGGAAGCACAGUAAGUCGAUACAUUCUACAUUCACUUUUAUGCUUGUAACGAAUGUGAAUUUCAUUUAAAAUUCGGUUCUAUGAGUUCGUGGCUUGAUGCACCUGGUGCGUUGUAUAUUUUAUACACGACGCACGCGAUGCGUUCUGUAUUAGUCGACGCAUCAAGGUACUUCAGCAGUCCGAGAUUUGGCUAAUGCGAUGUAAGAGAUACGGUCUCGAUUGGUCAGAAUAGAAAAGGAAUACUCAUUUGCGGCGGUAGGAGCAAUCGGCUCGAUCACACGCACCAAUGAGUCCAAAGGACAUUCGACAAACGUGUCGAGGUAGUGUGAAUCGUGCGAUGCAAUUAUUAACCUAUUCGCCACACCCCCUUACCUCUAGAUUCCCCUAGCCAAAUCUCGGAUAACGAACGGUAUCUAUAUAAUAUAUAAGACAUGUAACAUAUUGGAUAUGUGUAUAGUAUCGAUAAUUUAUUUUUCCUAAAUUAAACGAAUAUGACACUUGACACGAGUGUAACUCGUAUUUCUUGCACUUGUAUAAUUUGCACGGGUAAAACUCGAUGUUACGAAGCAAGAGGUUAAUCUCGAUAAUUUAAGUAGCUUGUUAUUAUUCUAAUUUGUUGCAAGCAUACGACUUACGAUCACGGUAAAAGUCUCAGUCCUUUCUGACCACUCAAAGUAGCAGGGCGAUGAUGUUCGAACCAAAAGUGAAAAGAAAAAGGAGAACGUGUUUUUUCGUGCGGUCGUUCGAUUCGUAAUCGCUGUACAUAGUUCCCUGAAUCCCGUUGGAAGAAUAUUUUGCGUCCCAUUUCGCUAUUUUUCCGAUUCUCGUACUUUCAACGCGAACGAUCGUCCGUCUCGACUUCGUCCCCUGUCCUUCGAGACGACGACGCUCGUUUCCGCGACCGUAGCGUUUCUGAGGGGUCGAAUCAUCCUCCGUUCUCGAUACUUAGCUAUUUAUUAUCGACAUUCCUUUCUAUUUUCCGUUCUACAAGUUGAUCGAGUAUCAAGAUCAUCGAGAAUCGCGUUGAAGUAUCCUUCCCCUUCGUUAUUCUUUCUUUUUCCUUCGUCUCUGUUCUCGUUUCACGAGAGUACGUAGUACUCGCACGGUUGUUUUUGUUCGUACGUGUCGUUUUGUUAAUCUAUUUCGCGAGAAUGAGAGAAAGAGAGCUUUUACGGACGUUUCGCGAGAGGAAAGAAGACUACAGAGAUUAUAUCGAGUGCGGACGAGACGCGGAAGGGUAGCUCUCGCGAAACGUCCACGAUCCGCUGUAAGACGUGUAAUCUUUGUAUUUGUAUCGUUACGAUAAAUCUUAAAUCUGUACCCGAUCUUUCGAGUAUUACGAAGUUUCAAGCGGCAGAAGAAGUAACCUAUAAAUAUUGUACUGUAAGUGAGAAAGCAAA